CAGAAAACCCGGAAGUACGUCAGAAAAGCGCGCCGUUGUUUGGCUUUAGAACUCUGAAGGAUCAGCAAUGUCGUGCACCCUGGAAAAGGUGUUGUCUGAUGCUCGGACUUUGCUGGAGCGAUUAAAAGAGCACGACACUGCAGCCGAGAGUCUUAUCGAGCAGUCUAGUGCUCUCAACCAGAGAAUACACUGCAUGAAGGAAGUCGGAAAUACUCUUCCUGACAAGUACAUGGAGACAAUUCCAGGAUAUCAGGAGCUGUCCAAAUCCAAACCGCACAUUCUCCUGACACAGGAGAACACCCAGAUCAAGGAACUUCAGCAAGAGAACAAAGAGCUUUGGCUUUCUUUGGAAGAGCACCAGUAUGCUCUGGAGUUGAUCAUGGGCCGAUAUCGGAAACAAAUGCUGCAGCUGAUGAUGGAAAAGAAGGAGAUGGAUACCAAGCCUGUGCUCAGCCUUCAUGAGGAUCAUGCCAAGGAGGUGCAGAGCCAACUGGAGCGGAUUUGUGAGAUGGGCCAGGUGAUGCGCAGAGCGGUACAGGUGGAUGACCAGCACUACUGCUCUGUGAAAGAGAGACUGGCUCAGCUGGAGAUUGAAAACAAGGAGCUGCAUGACCUCUUGGCCAUCAGUAAGAAUAUGUUAAAACCUCAGCGAGAAGAAGCAAGCCAACCAGACACAGAGCCCAAGCCCAAAGUUAUUGACAAGGAGUGAUGAUGUCUGAAGACAUGAAACGUUGCUCUGCUUUAUGGCUACAUUUCAGUGCAAUGUCCAUCAUACCCUCUCAGGUCACGUGUUGGUGUACAUGUGUAUUGUGGAUUUUUGGUGUUGCUGACUGGUGUCAGUGUAACCUGGUCUCUUCUUAUCCACUGAAUAGAGUAGUAGAGGGAAAGUUGUUUUCUGCUUCUCUCAGGAAAGGCUUACAGCCUCUGUUUGUCUGUUUAAACAGAAGACAAAUCUAAGACAAAUUGAAAUAUUCAUGCAACCUGUAUAUAUAGGCCUUUAAAAUUAAACUCAACACAGUGUUUUGCAAAAAAUAUUUAAACCCCCAGCACAUUGUGAUACGUUUAUAUGGAAACAAAAGUGGUCAUGCUGAUUAAAAAUAAUAAUUAAUUAUUAAUAGUUCAUUUUUAGGCCAGAUCAUUACUGAAUUAUAUUCUGUCCAGUGCACUCUUGACAAUCCUGUUGGCAAUUUAACUACAAAUGAAAUAUUCAUUAUUCCACCCACAACAUGUGCUAUUCAUUUUUAGGAAAGGAGGAGAGAGACACCAAUGUAAUUCUGUAAGGAGACACAAACGUUAGUGAGAUUAGUGACCUAAGAUGGCAAUAAACUAGCCACUACCUGAAACAGUAAGCUCACUAAGAGCUCUGUCUGAACACACCAUACUUUAAUGAAAGAGUUUGAGGCAUCCACUCAGCAUACCAGAGGACUGAAUGUUUGCAGGCUGUAUUGUUCAGUU